AUGCCUAUCCUGGUCCAUGAGGCAAUAUCAGACAACAAAGAUGGACCCAGUGCGCCUCCAGAUUUGACUGCCAGCCCCAAGUUGGGCGUGUCACAGUUGGACAAAAAUAUUCCAUGGAUUCACAUGGAGAUGGACGAGUAUAGGGUUUUUCAUGUUUACCCUAGAAAUCUGCCUUCGUACAACCCCAAAGACACCAAUUAUUAUGAUCAAAUUUGCGACUCUGAUACAUUCAAGACUACUGAUGGAGUAACUGACAUCAGCAAACCUUGGUUUGCAGGAUCUGGUGCAUCCAUCAAUCUUCUACAAGAGAAUUUUUUCACUCUAUUUCUUAAUGCCACAACCUUUCGACUAAUGAGCUGGUUCUACAAUUCUUCUAGCUCAAAGUCACUCGCAGAUUUGGAUAGGCUUGCCAAUAGUGUUAUUCUAGCUGAAGAUUUUAAUUGUCAAGAUCUUAAAGGAUUCUCUGCUGCACAUGAAGCUUUGGUGAUGGACAACACAAAUAAUAAAGGGUCGGGUUUUUUCUCCUCAGAUAAGUGGAUUGAGACCUCCGUCAAAAUCAAGCUCCCUGCCAAAAAAGUGAAAUUCAACUUGGGACAAGAUGCACCAGAACUUGAAAUUCCUGGACUCUACUAUUGCAAACCUCUCAAGGUCAUAAAAUCAGCACUUGAAGAAGUCUUAUCAAGAGUGUUUCAGUUCACACCUUACAAGAUCUUUUGUCAUCAAGAUGAAACAGAACCACCCGAAAGGAUUAUAACUGAGAUAUACACAUCAGAUGCAAUGCUCAAGAAACACAAAAGUGUCAAGGCAAAAUCACUCCAAGCCAUCUGCACCCUGGAAACAGUUGUUGCAUCAAUUAUGCUAUGGUCAGAUUCAACACAUCUGGCAAGUUUUGGGAAUGCGGCACUUUGA